AUGGCUUUUAUGUGUCGACCAUUUUCGAUGACAACAAAGGUGUUAACACACGAUGACAUUCAUGGUUCCAAUACAUCAAUGCCAUGUAAUAAUACCUCAUUUGAUAAUUCUUGUCCUAAUACCACCUAUACCAUAUUUGAUUAUAUGAUGCUCAAAGCUACAACGCUGCAACCAUUUUCAUCGUACGCUGCAAACAAGCAAGUCACGUUUACGUUGCAAAAUAUUGAAGAAGUUUGGUAUCGUUCUGAUCUUUGUCAUCUAUGGCGAUAUACUGGUUUAGGAUGGCAACAAUAUGUUCGAUUAGUUGCUGAACUAAUGGUACUUUUAAUGGCAUUACUUCAAAUUGCAUGUGAUGCUAUGGAUAUAAAAAAUGUUGGACAAAAACGAUGGUGGCGUGUUAUGAAAUCAUUUCCAGCUAAAGUUGCUUAUAAAAUUUCAUUUAUUUUUAUUAUUUUAAUUGUACCAAUACGAUUAGCAUGUGCAUUAUGCUCAGCAAUGCUUCUACUUGAAAAUAUUCUCUCAUUAAUGAUUGUUUUAUUAACUGGCGCACAUUUCUUAUUUUAUACAAGAGCUUUAAAAUUUAUUGGACCAUUUGUUUUGAUGAUUUAUACUAUACUUUCACGUGAUAUAAGCCGUUUUAUGCUUAUUUAUUCGAUAUUUCUCAUUGGAUUCUCACAAUCAUUUUAUGUAAUUUUUGGAGCAUGCGAACGAGCAAGCAAAGCAAAAUACGGUAAACAAUCAACUCGUUGGGAAAAUAUUUUGGACACUCCGUUUGAGGCCAUCAUGCGAUUAUUUAUAAUGACCAUUGGUGAAUUUACCAUUUUUUAUCGAUCAUUAAAUACCUGUGAAGAAAGAAUGAUGCAAAUGAUUGGUAAGGUAAGUUUUAAUUUUAUUUAUAAUUUUAAAAUUUUUUUUUUGUUUACCAUAUUUGAAUUAUUUAUCAGUAUUAUGCAGUUUAAUUUAUUAAUUGCUAUGAUGACACGAACUUAUGAAACUAUUUCGAGGACAUCAACCGAAUGGAAAAGACAAUGGGCACAGGUAAUUCUAUUCUUGGAGUUAUCAUUAAAACCAAAAGAACGACUUAUUGCAAUGCUUAAAUAUUCACGUCCAAUUGGUACUGAUAAAACAAAACGUUCAUUUGUUGUUGCAAGAAAGAAUACGAGUGAAACAAUGUCACAAACUGAAAAACAAUUACUUGAACAACAGGAACGUGAUUUACGUGAGGAAAAACGAGCUUUACUAAAGAGACGUUUAAAGGAUUUUGCGCAUACACCAGAUGGUCGAAGACCAAUGACAUCAUAUUUGUCAACGCCAUCAAGAAAUAUCAACGGGGAAAAAAAUGAAUGA